AUGCCUCAUCAGAGCACUCUUUCCAGUUUUCUUUCCAUCUUCAUUACUGCUCUCAUCUCCUGCAAUGUCUCAACAUGCAGGGCUACUCAGCUUCUCCCUCCAAUGCCUGAAUCGCCAUUGUUGCCUACUUUAGAAGCUCCUCCACCGCAUCAUCAGUGGCCUUUCCCCAGGCCACAGUGGCCGACGACCAAUUUUCCAAGGCAUGAAGCUCAUCCCAAGGCUGCAAGGUUCCCUCCAUGGAUUCAAGAUCCAGCAAAGUUCGAGGAACCCAAACUUCAGCCAAAAGUUCCUUCUUGUCAUGAAUUGAAGCCUAGUCCCAAGCCAAAGUGGCCAGUUCCUGAGCUAACACCGAAGGUUGAAGAGCCCACUCCGGCGAAGCAUCAGGUGCCUGCACUGCCGCCUUUGCAUGAAAUGCCAGGUCUGCUCAGCCCAGAACUGGCACCAAUGGCUUCAGUUGCGCUGGUUCCUUCUUCGUCGGCCGAGGCUAAACAUGACUAG